GACAGAUCCAAGCCCAGACAGAGGCAGCGCAAGAAGAGUAAGAGAGAGUGCCAGCUGGAGCAUCCCCGCUUCUUCAAACGAACAGCGUCAUCACAGGACCGCCAGAAAGACCUAAAGCCUGAUCAACAAGACCAGUCAGAGGUGAUUUACCUGAGACAGACCUCGCCACAGCAGAGAUGAUUCCGAUCUGUACUGUCCUGGAGAAGCGUAACGGCGUGGUGGUGGGAGCUAAGCUGAGCUGCAGUGUAAAGGAGGAGAACAAGGCUCAAAGGGAGAGCUACAGCGCUGACUGGCAUAGUGUCAGUCUCAAGACUCAACCUGAAGAAAGGCAGACAAUGAAUUUUAAUGACAAAUCUCGGAGGGAGACUCUGUCCAGGCAGUGGCAGGCCCGGGUGUUGAAGCAGACCUGCCCCUCUGGUGUCUUCAGAGUGGGCACUGUGGAAAGAGGGGUGAGAGAGCACCAGCUGCUCCCAAAGAGGAACACCCUCCCUCUGCCCAUCUUCACCCCUGCGGAGCUUGGUAUCAGGCUUGGCCGUGGAGCCCCACACACAGAGGAGGACCUGCAGCCCUUCACCGUCCCAGACGGAGUCUGUCCCAGCAAGAGGACCGUGGACGAGAUCACCAGAGACCUGCCUCCUGUCAAGCCGACGCUCAUGGAGUUUGCCAAAGAAGCCAGAGCCCUGGGUCGCUCCAUGUCCCAAGAGGCCCAGAGAGGGUGAAAGACAAAAGGACCAAAAAAGGAAGAGGGCACGUUUAGAAGACAAGAAGGAUGACAUUUGGAAAAAGAUAGUCAUAAAUCAGUGUGUCCAAAAGAUUAUGACAAAGUGUAUAUAGAUCGAUCUCUGUUGACAUUCAUAGGUAGGUUUAGUAUUAUCUGUGUUUUUGUUGGUGAGCACAGCAACCAUGUAAAUGUCACACUUUGUCACUGAGGGCUCUGGGGGGUCAGCUUGAAGGCAUUUGCAUUGUGAUGGAGUAGCAGAGUGUGUAUUCUCAGCUGUGCAACAGACUGAUCUCUGUCUGUGCUGGCCAGCUGUUCUCAACAUAUCUGAAAAGUUAUGCUGCAUAAAAUAACAAGUGCAAAUAUCCUUGUCAGGUAAAUGACAUUUUUCAUGAGGUCAUCAGUUUGAUGGAGUAUACCUGUAGUAGAUGGUUAGAUGUAUGCAACGAUACAGAAAGUGACAGAGAGAAAAUGGUCUGCAAAAUGAGGAUAGGUUUUAUACAAGAAGGGUGGACAGAAAGAGAGAGAGUCAGGGGGAGGUAUCGGGGAUUGAGGAACAUCCAGCUCCACGGUCUCUGAUCUUUGUGAAGAGUACAGAAUGCUCUGGCAUGUUCUCACUCUGCAGCUGUACAUAAGUGAUGUGUGUGUCCCUCUGUGUGUGUGUCAGCUGACAAUUCUAAUCAAGAGGACUUAGGAAACUAAUAAGCUGUUCUGGAGUGAGUGUCAACUGAUCUGCCUAGUUACGUGGCAGCUUUUAUAUGAUCAAGGAACAAAUUCUGUAUUAGCUGAGGAUACAAAUGAGCAGAAUGUGUGUGCAAUUAUGUAUAUUUUUCCUAGAUAAUUUCACAAAUAAAAACUGAGCUGCUCUUCA